GCAGAGAGAGUCAGCAAAGAGGACAGAGAGAGCAGCAGUGAAAGAGGCCGAGUGACAGACUGAGAGAAAGAGAGAGAGAGAGAGAGAGAGAGAUAGAGAGAGAGAGUGAGUCACCAAAUAGCUUGCGCUCUGACUGUCGGUUUUAUUCCAACCACGGACAGCUGCCGUGAUCAAGCCAGAGAGGAAAGAGAAAGAGAGAGAGAGAGUUUUCACAGAAAGAGAAGAGAAGAAAGAGAGAGAGAGAGAGAGAGAGAGAGAGAGAUGGAUUCAGAUUCGGGUGAGCUGAGUGAAGGAGAGCUUUCUCCAGGGCCCGAGAUCUUCAACUCGAAGAACCUGGCUCUGCAGGCACAGAAAAAGAUCCUGAGCAAGAUGGCGACGAUGGCGGUGGCCAACCUGCUGACGGAUGACACGAGCAGCUCCAUCCUGGAUGAGCUGUACAAGGCGAGCCGCGAGUUCACCAAGAGCAAGAAGGAGGCACACCGCAUCAUCCGGGAUGUCAUCAAGAUCGCGCUGAAGCUGGGCGUGCUCUACCGCAAUCGCCGAUUCAGCCCCGAUGAGCUUGAGGCAGUCGAGCGCUUCCGCAAGAAGCUGAACCAGGCGGCCAUGACGGCCGUCAGCUUCCACGAGGUGGAGUUCACCUUUGACUGCGGCAUCCUGUCUCAGCUGCUCCUGGAGUGCAGGGAUCUGCUCCACGAGAUUGUGGAGAACCACCUGACCUCGCGCUCGCACGCACGCAUCGACCGCGUCUUCAACCACUUCUCCGACGUCCACUUCCUGGCCGAGCUCUACGGCGCCGGGGAUGAGUACAGACUCUACCUGAGCAAAAUCUGUGAUGGGAUAAACAAACUUCUGGAUGAAGGGAUACUUUAGCAACUUCCUGCCUUUCUACUUGCUUCUGCUCUUUCUCCUGCUCUCUGCUCCUGUUUCUACCAGACUGUCCAUCAGUCUCCUGUUUCUCUUAUAUCUCGCUGUUCACUUCACCAACACCGAUUCUUCAUGACCGUGAUUCAGACAGACUCCGCCCUUGCACCUAACCGAUGGCCGAAAUCAACCACAUGGCCACUGCUACACACGGGUCACGGCACCAUCGUACCAUUCUGAAAUAAAUGAAGCCGUGUGGAUUGUGUUAGCUGCUGUUAACAAAUCUACGCCUCAGGAGAAACAUUUUGGUAGCUAAGAGUCCAGAGUGUCGUGAUGACCCCAAAGUUGAUUCGUUUCCUAAAACAGCAUGCCCUCUAAGUGUUUAUUUCUCUCAGCGAUCUUCAAUCAUUUUAUUUAUUAAACAAUGUCCAUGAAACCAGUCAGAUCCUGUUCUCCCUUACACGAUCUAGCGGCUCUAAAGAGUCAUUCCUUCACCUCUUUAUUCUCUCUCUAUUCACGUUAAUCAGACAAAAAUGUAAAAAAAAAAAGAAAACGUAACCUGCCGACUGUUAGACAGCGCUGACACUGGAGACUCCUGCAUGUCGAUCAUUAGACACACUUUCGAUCUGAUUAUCAAGUGGACACGUCUCUGUGAAUGAGCUGUUGCUAUAGAAACCAUGACGUGUCAGUGCAAGUGUGUUAACAGAGACCUAGCGCUGCUGUCAGAAUAGAUGCUGUUUUAGGAAACUAAUCAACAUUUUCUGACCAAUCAGAGCGCAGAACUCAGAGCAGUUAAACGUAUGACAGUAGAGUCUGCAGUGCUGUGAGUCUGAUGAGGGAGUUAAAGUAGCACUUCCUCUUCCUCCAUUCUCUUUUGAUGUUUUCCUCCAUCUCAUGCCAUCUCUCCUCUCAUCCAUUCUUCUUCUCUUCCUCUUUUCCUCCACUUCUGUAAGGACGUCUCACUUCCUGGAACUGAGCGACAGCAUGAACAAUCGCCUGGAAGACGGCGUGCUUUAGCCGCUUUCUCAUCUCUCCUUUCUCAUCUCUCCUUUCUCUUCUCUCCUCUCUCACUUCUCAUCUCUCCUUUCUCAUCUCUCCUUUCUAAUCUCUCCUGUCUCAUCUCUCUUUCCCUUCACUCUUUCUGCUACAGUCCAGAACUCAGUUUCCUGUAUAAAUCCAGACUUCUGUUCCAGCUGUUGAUCUUCUCCUCUGCUCCUCUGUGUCUCCACCUGCCAUGAUACCAGACUCUCUUUAUCUUUAUUCCUCUCACUGCAGAGGAAAGACAGUACAGUCACAACGCUAUGAUGUUGUUUGUAUCCAAACAUCUGUGUGUGUGUGUGUGUGUGUGUUUGUGUGUUCUGAGCAUUUCUGUUUUUAUCACAUACAAUGAAAAGCAAUGUGACACCAGAAAGUGGCUUUAGCUUGUGUGUAUUGCAUUUGUGUGAGUGUUGUGUGUGAGUAUCAGUAUGUGUGUGUGUGUGUGUGUGUGUCUAUCAGUGUGUGUGUGUAAGGGGUGAAUUAAAAUAAAAGCUGUU